AUGUCGUACAGUCUAGCUCCGCAAGCGGGGACCCCUUUCAAAAGGUAUUCAACCAUGAGGGCGUUCGAGCUGCUGGGGCUGGGCGCGCAGGACACAGUGCAGUACGCGCGCGUGGGGGAGGUGGGGGGGGACAACGACCAUGACCUCGACCCCCACGACCACGACAGCCACAACCAUGCCGCCAGCUCCGUGGUGGGCAGGCUUCCGCGCGCGCGGGAGAGUCCCCCUGCGCGGAAGCAGCAGCACCAGCAGCAGCAGCAGCGGGGGGGGGUGCCUGGGGUGGCGUUUAAGACGGAGGCUGCGCGCGCUGCUGCUGCUGCGCUGGAUGAGGAAAUGGCGGGGGGCGGGGGGAGUGGUGUUGGGGAGCCACAGCAACAGCGGGUGCCCGGGGUGGCGUUUAAGACGGAGGCGGCGCGCGCUGCUGCUGCGCUGGAAGAGGAAAUGGUGGGGGGUGGCGCGGGGAGUGAAAGGUCUCUGUCUUGCUCUCUUUCUCCCUUUCCUCUCCCCCUUUCCUCUCCCCCUUUCCUCUCCCCCUCACCUCUCCCCUUCCCUCCCCCCCUCCCCUCUCCCCCUCACCUCCCUCCCUUCUUCCCCUCCCCUCUUCCCUCCCAUCUCCCCCUCCCCCCCCCCCUCCCCUCCCCCCCCCCUCCCCCCCUCCCCUCCCCCCCUCCUCCCUCCUUCUCCCUCUUCCCCGACCCUACUCAUCAGAAGGCCACCUGUCUCUGGGUGCUCGUCGCUCUCGCGCUCUCCAUCACACUGACUCAGCUUCUCAUGGGCAUGUGCGGCUACAACCUUCGCUUCAAGGGCGCGUGGGUCACUGUCGUGUACGAUCCCAGCACGCGGGCACAGACAACGGAGUCGGUGACGAGUUUGGAGCACAGCGUGUAUGACAACUCAGGCGUGUUCCAGGUGACGUUUGACACGCUGGAGGAGGAGAUCCGCGAGAUCAGGGACCAGCUCAACGGCAAGCAGAAGACGGGAGCCAAGCCAGCGGGCCCAGUCCCCCCCGUGGUGCAACUGGCGAAGCUCAAGGUGCAGGUGGAGGAGCUGUCGUCGCAACACGCGCUGCUGCGUGGCAAGCUGGACUCCCUUGUUGCCGCCGCUGGGGGUGCUGGUGGUCCCGGGGAGAACAGUACUGCUGCUGGGGGGACCGCUGCUGCUGCUGCCGCUGUGGCUGUGGCUGCUGCUGCUGAAGGGAGUGCUGCUGCUGUGGGUGUAAACGGCACGAGUGGGGUUGCUGCUAUGCAGGCGGUGGGGAAGCUGCUGGAGCCGCUGAAAGCGCGGGUGCAGCGCGGUGAAGAGCGGUUGAAGGCGGUGCAGGAGAGGGUUGACGUGGUGGAGAAGGAACUGGCGGAUAGCACGGAGGUGCUGCAGCAGCUUCAGGUCGAGGUGGCCACUGGUGGGGGAAAAGGCUGCACAAGCGGUGGUGGGGAAGGGAAGCUGGCAGGCAGCACGGAGGUGCUGCAGCAGCUUCAAGUGGAGGUGGCCACUGGUGGGGGGAAAGUGCAUUCUCUCCCUCCUCCCCCCUCACAUUCACUCACGCCAGACCCAGCAGCAGCAGGAAUUGCAGCUGCAGAAGGUCCGGUCGGCAACCACAGCACUUGUGAGUCGACUCAAGAGGUGACUUUUGAGUCGACUCAAAAGGCAGCAGCAGGAAUUGCAGCUGCUGAAGAGCCAACCGAACCUGCAGCAGUGGUUGUUCCAGGUCCCUCUGAAACUCCUGGCCCUGCUGCUGGUACUGUUGUGCCAGCACAAGGUGGGGCGGAGAAUGCUGCUUCUGCUUCUGCUGCUGCUGCUGCUGCUGCUGCGAUGGGAGGGAAGGGUGGAGGGAAGGAGGGCGAGGAGGAGGCGGAGGGGGAGGGGGAGGAGGGGGAGGGGAAGGAUGAUGCUGACUUGGGUCCUCCAGAGGAUUACCCUGGGGAAGGGGAAGUUGAGGAGGAGGGAGAAGAGGAGGGAAAGGAGGAGGAGGAGGGAGAGGAGGAGGGAAAGGAGGGGGAGAAGGGAGGGGAGGAGGGAGGACAGAAGGGAGGAGAGGUUGAAGCAGGGGAGGCAGAGGUUGGGAAGAAGAGUGCUGGGACUGGAGGGGAGACAGAGGCGGGAGGUGAGGAGGAGGAGGGCGAGGAGGGGGAGGGGGAGGAGGCGGAGGCAGGGGAGGAAGGGGAGGAGGGGGAGGAGGAGGGGGAGGAUGAGCCACCUGCAACGCCGGGGGGGAUAGAUGUGGCAGAGGUGCAACAGUGCGGCGAUGAGGUUCUCGACCUGCCACCAGAGGCCAAGGCAUGGAAGCAGCGUUCUCUUGUGCAGAUCACACCAGACCUGCAGCUAUUCAGUGCAUACCGCUACAAUCCGCACACCAUAGCACUCGUGGGCCUGCUCUCUCCCGCCAUGCCCACUCUCCCUCUCGACAACUGCUACUUCCGCCAGUCAGACGGCUCCCAGCCCAUCGCAGGCUCGCUGCUGCGCCUGCAGGUGGAGGCACAGCAAGAGGCACAGCAAGAGGCACAGCAAGAGGCACAGCAAGAGGCACAGCAAGAGGCACAGCAAGAGGCACAGCAAGAGGCACAGCAAGAGGCACAGCAAGAGGCACAGCAAGAGGCACAGCAAGAGGCACAGCAAGAGGCACAGCAAGAGGCACAGCAAGAGGCACAGCAAGAGGCACAGCAAGAGGCACAGCAAGAGGCACAGCAAGAGGCACAGCAAGAGGCACAGCAAGAGGCACAGCAAGAGGCACAGCAAGAGGCACAGCAAGAGGCACAGCAAGAGGCACAGCAAGAGGCACAGCAAGAGGCACAGCAAGAGGCACAGCAAGAGGCACAGCAAGAGGCACAGCAAGAGGCACAGCAAGAGGCACAGCAAGAGGCACAGCAAGAGGCACAGCAAGAGGCACAGCAAGAGGCACAGCAAGAGGCACAGCAAGAGGCACAGCAAGAGGCACAGCAAGAGGCACAGCAAGAGGCACAGCAAGAGGCACAGCAAGAGGCACAGCAAGAGGCACAGCAAGAGGCACAGCAAGAGGCACAGCAAGAGGCACAGCAAGAGGCACAGCAAGAGGCACAGCAAGAGGCACAGCAAGAGGCACAGCAAGAGGCACAGCAAGAGGCACAGCAAGAGGCACAGCAAGAGGCACAGCAAGAGGCACAGCAAGAGGCACAGCAAGAGGCACAGCAAGAGGCACAGCAAGAGGCACAGCAAGAGGCACAGCAAGAGGCACAGCAAGAGGCACAGCAAGAGGCACAGCAAGAGGCACAGCAAGAGGCACAGCAAGAGGCACAGCAAGAGGCACAGCAAGAGGCACAGCAAGAGGCACAGCAAGAGGCACAGCAAGAGGCACAGCAAGAGGCACAGCAAGAGGCACAGCAAGAGGCACAGCAAGAGGCACAGCAAGAGGCACAGCAAGAGGCACAGCAAGAGGCACAGCAAGAGGCACAGCAAGAGGCACAGCAAGAGGCACAGCAAGAGGCACAGCAAGAGGCACAGCAAGAGGCACAGCAAGAGGCACAGCAAGAGGCACAGCAAGAGGCACAGCAAGAGGCACAGCAAGAGGCACAGCAAGAGGCACAGCAAGAGGCACAGCAAGAGGCACAGCAAGAGGCACAGCAAGAGGCACAGCAAGAGGCACAGCAAGAGGCACAGCAAGAGGCACAGCAAGAGGCACAGCAAGAGGCACAGCAAGAGGCACAGCAAGAGGCACAGCAAGAGGCACAGCAAGAGGCACAGCAAGAGGCACAGCAAGAGGCACAGCAAGAGGCACAGCAAGAGGCACAGCAAGAGGCACAGCAAGAGGCACAGCAAGAGGCACAGCAAGAGGCACAGCAAGAGGCACAGCAAGAGGCACAGCAAGAGGCACAGCAAGAGGCACAGCAAGAGGCACAGCAAGAGGCACAGCAAGAGGCACAGCAAGAGGCACAGCAAGAGGCACAGCAAGAGGCACAGCAAGAGGCACAGCAAGAGGCACAGCAAGAGGCACAGCAAGAGAGGCACAGCAAGAGGCACAGCAAGAGGCACAGCAAGAGGCACAGCAAGAGGCACAGCAAGAGGCACAGCAAGAGGCACAGCAAGAGGCACAGCAAGAGGCACAGCAAGAGGCACAGCAAGAGGCACAGCAAGAGGCACAGCAAGAGGCACAGCAAGAGGCACAGCAAGAGGCACAGCAAGAGGCACAGCAAGAGGCACAGCAAGAGGCACAGCAAGAGGCACAGCAAGAGGCACAGCAAGAGGCACAGCAAGAGGCACAGCAAGAGGCACAGCAAGAGGCACAGCAAGAGGCACAGCAAGAGGCACAGCAAGAGGCACAGCAAGAGGCACAGCAAGAGGCACAGCAAGAGGCACAGCAAGAGGCACAGCAAGAGGCACAGCAAGAGGCACAGCAAGAGGCACAGCAAGAGGCACAGCAAGAGGCACAGCAAGAGGCACAGCAAGAGGCACAGCAAGAGGCACAGCAAGAGGCACAGCAAGAGGCACAGCAAGAGGCACAGCAAGAGGCACAGCAAGAGGCACAGCAAGAGGCACAGCAAGAGGCACAGCAAGAGGCACAGCAAGAGGCACAGCAAGAGGCACAGCAAGAGGCACAGCAAGAGGCACAGCAAGAGGCACAGCAAGAGGCACAGCAAGAGGCACAGCAAGAGGCACAGCAAGAGGCACUACGGAGCUGCGGCAGGCUGUGGGGGUGGGGGUGGUGGGGAUGAGGGGGGUGGUGGGGAUGAGGGGGGUGGUGGGGAUGAGGGGGGUGGUGGGGAUGAGGGGGGUGGUGGGGAUGAGGGGGGUGCAUGUUGCACUUUCUCGCACUACAGGACUGCCUCUACCGCACCUCCCUCUCACGUCUCCUCCGCCCUUUCUCCCCCUCCCAUCCACCCUUUUGUUUUCCAAGCCGUUCCCCCUCCCUUCCUCCCUUUUGUUUUCCAAGUCGUUCGUUUCCCUUCCGCCCUUUCGCCCCCCUCCCCCUUCUCCCCCCCCCAACCACAGAUCCUCGCCCUGCAGGACUGUCUCUACCGCACCGCCCUCUCCUCCGCCUGGACUCUCCCCCUAGACCUCGACGAGUACCUCUCCGCCUCGCCCCCCGUUUCCUUCCCCGCACUAAUUCACCAGAUCCUCGCCCUGCAAGACUGUCUCUACCGCACCUCCCUCUCCUCCGCCUGGACCCUCCCCCUAGACCUCGACGAAUACCUCUCCGCCUCGCCCCCCGCCACGCUCCCCUCGCUCCUCUCCGCCUCCUCCGCCUCUUCCCUCGCCGCCUCGCCCUACCUUUCCCUGGGUGCAGUGCGGUGGAGCACGGAGGUCUGCCUGGGGGAGGCUGAUGUGGUGAAGGUGGAGAGGGAGGGGAUUGGGGGGGUUGCAGGAGAGGCAGAUGCAGCUGGUGGUGAUGGGGGUGGCAGGGGCAACAGCAGCAGCGCUGCUGCUGUGUUUGCGGUUGAGAGGGCCGUGUUUAGAGAGGCGGCUCCUGUGUGUAAUGCUGAUGCGGCAGGGGGGGCGGCAGAAGUACGAGGAGGGGUGGAUGCAGCAUUGUGCGAGGGCGAUGCAGGGACCCGCCGAGUCAUUGUCAACCCGCGAAAGGUGUCCCUGCUUUCACUGCACCACCCCAUACCCCCCAAGGGCAGCACCCCCCUCAACGCCAACUCCCAGGCGCGGAUCAACCGCUUCCCGGGUCUCUCAAGUCUCAAGCAGGCGGGGCGGCUGUGCAGCAGCGAGGUGCCGCAGACAGGCGACGCUGCUGCCGCCGCUGUGGACCCUGCUGCUGGUGGUGCCCUGCGCGGGUCUGUGGAGAGCCUGGAGGUGGCUGAAGGGGCGAAACUUGCGAGAGAGUGUCCUAUUGAGAAGACCAGAGAGGUGAGUCUGAUUGGCCUCGCAAGGCGUUAG